UGUGAGUCGCUGUAACAUCACGUUUAACCGAGAGUGUGAAGAGUCUUUCCCCUAUCGAGAACUUGACCACGACCCUAAUGUGGUGUCGGGUCAAAGGCAGGAUGGGAUGUUUGCCUCAUUUCUGUUCUCUGUACGGCGAAGCUCGAGCCCUCACGCCAACUCCACCGUCAGUGACGUCUGCAUCACGUGCCCAUCUCUUCCCUCUGUACGUCCGUCGUAUUUUCCUCCUUUCCACAGCCUGCUCCAGCAGUGAAAGCUACUCGAAAUAAACAAGCGCAAAAGGCGGCCGUUAUAGGGACCGGUCUGGUUCCAGUGUCACACUUAUCACCAGCCGAUGGACAGAGAGGGCAUACACCUAUAAGUUACCAUCAGUGAAGCCCAAACCCCCCGUACGUGUCUGCCUCCACUGAGCCCAUAUCAUUGUAAACUUUUUUUUUUUUUAAUCCUACGCUGCAUACACCGAGCUCCGUCAAAGCCAGGUUUGUAUGUUUCUGUCUGUACCAUUGUUGGGUGAGGACGCCAUCUCUCCGAGGAACAUCUGUGCAACCACCCACCUGCAUGAUUGUCAAGUAGACGCAAUCUUAAGCGACACCUUCACAAGUUUUCCCUCAAAAUUGCAGUGAGAACUGUAAGUGGACCUAUGGAUAAGUCCCUCUGUCGUCCUUCCCCCAUGCCUGGUCUAUAGUCAACCGGAAACGACUCGUAUUGUCAUUCACACCCCACUCUGCCAUUUGACCACCCCCCUCCACUCUGUGGUUGUACCAUGGCCAGCAAGAGAAAGUCCACUACUCCCUGUAUGAUACCUAGCAAGAGCAUACGCCCUUCAGAGGAGGUAGAACAGGACUCUCCAGUUCUUCUCCGUCAGUCCAGGAUUUCUGGAGGGGGCCAACGUAGCCCCCUGGAUCCCGGAGAGUCUUCCAAACCAGAGGCAGUGGACACUGUCAAAGAUGGCGCUGGCAUUUACACCUGUAAGCCUUGUAACUUUGAAACCCAUGACCUUAACUUGUUCUUGGAUCACGUGUACACUGGGCACCCAGAUUUCCGUGGAGACCCCAGCUUUUUUUGUGUGAGCUGUGGGGUUUCAGCACCCAAGUUUGAGGGCCUGGCCCUGCACAAUGCUAGGGUUCACCCCAGCACAUUAAACACCACUUUGCAGCUGAGAAAGAGAGACAGGAGGGUUGUGGUGGAGCAGAAUCUGGUGACAGGGACAGAGUCGGGGAAGGACGGUGAGAUUUCCAUCACCAAAACCCCAAUUAUGAGGAUGCUGAAGGGCAAAUCGGAGCCUAAACGCAUAGUGGUGGCUCACCCAGUCUCUGAUGAGCCUUCUUCAGACCCUCACUCUAUGUCUGCCUCUAGAGAGGCUGAGAGAAAAGAGACUGCUGCAGCAACGGUCACGCAUGUUCCCACAAUAGUCCACAACGGAGCCACCAAGGUCACGCUGCCCUCUGCGAUCCAGAUAGUCAACGGCUCUGGAGCAUUACCAAUGCUGAAGACCCCCAUCACACAGGUGGUCUCAGUGGUUCAAAACAGAAGUCUUCAUCAGUCUGCACCAAUCACACCCUCCUCUGUUUUCUCCACCUCCUCUCCUUCCUCCUCCAAAAAUCUCCCCAAGGUGAUGAUUCCUUUGAGCAGCAUCCCUACCUACAGUGCCUCUAUGGACUCCUCUUCCUUCUUGAAAACCUCCUUCAGUAAGUUUCCAUACCCCACAAAGGCUGAGCUCUGCUACCUGACUGUGGUCACAAAGUUCCCUGAAGAGCAGAUCAAAAUUUGGUUCACGGCCCAGAGACUUAAACAAGGCAUCAGCUGGUCUCCUGAGGAGAUUGAGGAGGCCAGGAGGAAGAUGUUCAACACCAUCAUCCAGACAGCACCCUCCACCUCGCAAAACCAGACCCAGAGUCAUCCCAGCCCAGCCCAGCACACAAUAACAGUCCUGCCUGCAUCACUAGGGGCCUCAGGGAUCCCACAUAUCCUGCAGGGAUCUCUUGUCAGCCAAGGAGGGGUAAUUGUUACACAGCCUGUAAUGGCCAAUGGUAUCCAGGUUAACAGUGCUCCUGUGGCCCUGGCUGUCACACCAAAGCCCCAGGCAGCUGCCCGCCCCAUGAUGCAGGCCCGACCUGCUGCAGCCCUGGUGGCAGACAAAGGCGUCAGCAUGGUGGUGGGGACAGUGGGUACCAGCAGUACUGGGAGCAACAUCAUCAGCAGCAGUAACAGUACUAGGAGUGGGGGAGGGGGCACCAACAGUAUUACCAGUAGCAGUCAAGCUAGUGUCAUCAACCUUAGUCUUGGAAGCAGUAAUUAUAGUAAUGGUAAGGUGAGCAGUGUCAGUGGUAAACACAGCAGUUUGAAUGCAGACUGCAGUGACAAGAGCAAUAGUAGUGUUACCAGCCAUGCGAACACUAAGAAGACUGAUAUCAGCAAAGCCAGCAGCACCAGAACAGUGCAGUGUGACAGCAAAACAACCACAGACGACAAGCCUGUUAACAAUAACAGCAAAGCAGACAGUGAUGGACAGAAGACCAAAGAUACUAACGGUAGCAGCAACAAAUGCACCACAACUAGCACAACAACAACAACAACAACAACAACGACAACAGAUGAUGUUGAGCCCACCUCCAGUGACUCUCCAACCAUCAAAAUGGAGGAGGCGUCCUCCCCUGCCUCCAAAUCCUCUUCUCCCUCUCCUGCAGCUCCUUCAAGCAGCACACCUGGCUCUCGUACACCUGUUAAUGCAUUCCUCGACCCCAGCUUUUACAAGGGCAAGAAGUCUCAGGAGCAGCUCAGCGCUCUGAAAGAUAGUUUUCAGGUCAGCCAAUUUCCCGACCAGGAGGAGGUUGACCGCCUCAUUGCACUUACUGGGCUCACAGUGCGAGAAGUCCGCAAGUGGUUCAGUGACCGGCGCUACCACUUUCGCAACCUCAAAGGUUCACGCACCAGCACGGGUGUACAGAAUAAGUCUGGGAGUGGCACCACCAACCCCGUCGACCUGUCAGAAAGUGGCAGCAACUCUAGUGCAAAAACACCCCAGCACAGUUCUACACCCUUGAGUCCAAGUGCAACACAGACUCCCACCUCACCCACCACACCUUCCCGCCGACUCCCCAGACCACCGUCUCCUGAUUUCACAGCCAUUCGCUACAAGGAGAGAGAACCCCACCAGGUAAAGGCACUAGAGGCCAGCUUUUCCCAGGACCCUGACCCAUCAGGAGAAGAAGUAGACAGACUGCGAUCUGAGACCAAGAUGACCAGAAGGGAGAUCCAUGGUUGGUUUGCAGAGAGAAGGAAGAGAGUGGCAGCUGAGAAAAAGAAAGAGGCAGCAGAGCGAGCAUUGAGAGAGGAGGAGGAGCUGGAGGUAGAUGGGGAGGAGCGACAGAGAGAGGACUGUUCAGGGGAACUGAAAGUGAACCCUAUUAAAAUAAACCUGAAGAUGCUGAAGGUGACGGAGGCCAAUGGCAAAGCAGAGGGUGAGGAGGUGGAUAGCCCCGCUCUACCGGUUCAGUUCUCCAGCACACCUGCAUCCUCCCCAGGCCAGACUCCUUCCUCCACCCCCAAACAAUCCCAGUCCUCCACCCCAACACCCAAACCAUCCCACUCUCCCAAACCCACUGCUAUCCGAGGUAAGAAGACAGCAGAGCAGCUUCACUUGCUCAAGCAGGUCUAUGCUCGGACCCAGUGGCCCAGUGCAGCUCAGUACGAUGAACUCAUCUCAGCCACUGCACUGCCCAGACCUGAAGUGGUGCGCUGGUUCGGGGAUUGCCGUUAUGUGCAGAAGAAUGGUCAGCUGAAGUGGCUGGAGGCAUACCAAGACAUGGCUCUAAAGGAGGACCUUCAGAAGGGGAACACCGAGAUCCUCCAGGCCCACCUUGAUGUACAUGGCAAGCUGGAAGAAUCACAGUUGUACGAACUGGCUCAGGCUAGUGGUUUAACAGCGGACUUGGUGCAACAUUGGUUCUCUACCAAGGCAUCUUCACCUCAGAUGAAGCAAACCGCUGCUGCUCAUUCGACAGGGCCGAGGCACCAGGUUGCACCAGGCGCAGCACGAACGGGAUCCUCGCCUUUGGAGCCGCAGUCAGGAGGAGGGACGGAGGUGUGUGGUGUCACAACAGAAGCAGAGGAGGCCAAUGCUGACAAGACUGUGAAUCCUUCUGAAGGAACCAAUUGAAAAGGCCUUUUGUCUGAGGAUGGAGUUCACAACACAGGUGGUCUUGGUGCCGGGAGUCUGAGUAAAAGAUGGCAGAUGUUGUAACAGGAUCGCUGGAUGGAAAUGGGCCUUGAAACCAUCCCUCCCUCUCCCUCCUACUUGCUCACACCCCUAGAGGUAGGCAUGACCUCCCCUCGCUACGUGAGAUGGACACUAAAGCCACAAACUCCACCCCCACUCCCUACCUUCUCCCCCCCCCCCCACCUCCAUCCUUCCAUCUGCUAUUUUCCCUUCAGAAGGGAGUCCGGGAGUGGUGGUAAUUGUGGAGGGGCAGGGCUGACAUUUUUCUGCUGCAGUUGUCUCGCCUGCCUGCUGGACUGAGAGAAACAAAGUUAAAGAGAGAGAGAAAGGGUAGGUGUAGAGGAAGAAGUGUGGUCGAGAUCGACACCUCAGCAGAUGUUGAUCAUGGGUGGGGGUUGGGUGUGGAUAGUUAUCGGCCAAGUCCCCAAAUGAGGAUCGGUGGGCUGUUGAGAGACUGUUCAUAGUUUCCAAGGUACGAAAAACUGCACGCUCUUUGCUACAGGGUGCUUGCCUCAGCCUUAAAGUCAGUCAAAAGAACCUUGUUUUUUUUCUUUUCCCUCUCUCAACCAUCAUGCACUCACACACUUUGAUGUCAUGCUUGCAACUUACUUUAAAUGUGCUAGCUUGGCUGUUCACAGCAUCAGAUGUUCAUUUGUUCAUGUCGAGGUUAUUUUUGGACAUCUUGAUGAACUUGUUUCAUUUGUCAUCUGUACAUAGCCUUUGGUUGAACAGGACAUGAAAUUGUUCAGUGAAGGGAAAAUGUCUGGUAUUGUUUCACCCAAAGAGGGCAAGCACCCUGUUGUGUCUGAAACAAUAAAAGUCACACAUUACAUUAGAUUAUAUGGAAUCUGGUUUGUGUUGUAGCAUCAAGUGCUUCUUUACGUCACUGACGUCUACAUUUGUUUUUAUGGAACUUUCUUAAGAAUACAUUUGACUGUAAAAGAACUGUGAACUUUUAUUAGAGUUCCAUACUAAAGCCUGAUGUAUAAUUUUUACAGAUGGUAUUUGCAGAAUAAACAAUGUAAUACACUUGUGGCUCUGAGUGUCAUGAGUUGCCUCAGUAAAGUGGUGGCCAUUUUUAAGAGCUGCUGCUUCUAUUCUACAUUUUCUUGUCAACAGAUCCCCUAAAAAGACCAAAACCCAACAAUAAAUUGAUCCCACUGUCAAAUAUUUCCCAUGGAGCCAGAGCCUGAUUACUCUGCAGACUGGAAACUUUCACUUCUGUGGCACAAGGGUUGGAGUUAUUCAACAGUUGACUCUCUAGUAAAGGCACUAAAGCCCUU